AUGUGGGCCGCUGGCUGCAUUCUUUGGGAGAUGCUCGCCGGCAAAGCGUUGUUCCAAGGUUUCGACCCACUCAACCAGCUUGUGAACGUCGUGAUGGUUCUUGGAGCUCCGUCCGUUUACGAUCUGUGGACUCUCCAGGCAGAGGAAUGCAGUAUACAGGCGCUCUCCCUAGAUGAGCUACUUCCUGGUGGUCUCCUCACGUACAACCCGAGCAAGCGUCUGUCCGCGUCACAAGCUCUGGAGCACCGCCUGUUCGAUCGGGUCAGGACGAACGACAUCCCCCUCCCGACCGCCGUUCUGUCUCUCUACCGCCAAGACCGCUGGGAAGACAGGGAGAUGGCCUGA